AUGACUCUCGAGGAGAAGGUGCUGUUAUUGACAGGCGAAGACCUCUGGCGGACGAAUCCCAUCUCGAGGCUGGGCAUCUCCCGAAUCAAGACCUCUGAUGGGCCUACCGGAGUUCGUGGAGGCAUCUUUGUCGAUGGGGUCACUGCAGCUUCCUUACCAUCUGGUGUAUCGUUGGCUGCUACGUGGGAUAAGCAGGUCAUCAAUGACGUCUCGCAGGUCUUGAUAGCCGAAGCCAAAAGCAAAGGGGUAGAUGUGCUUCUAGGCCCGACAGUAUGCAUCCCUCGCACUCCGCUGGGCGGACGCAACUUUGAGGCCUACAGCGAAGACCCUUUCCUAACGGGCAAGCUCGCCGCCGAGUACAUCAACACAAUCCAAGCUGCUGGUAUCGGAGCCUGCGUCAAGCACUACGCAGCAAACGACCAAGAAAAUCGCCGUUUCUUCAUAGACGAGAAGAUCCCUGAGCGUGCCCUCCGCGAAAUCCACCUCCAGCCUUUUCAGAUUGCAGUCCGCGAGAGUCACCCUUGGUCCAUCAUGACAGCUUACAACAGGAUCAACGGUGACUUUUGCUCGGCGCAUCACUACCUCAUCAGAGACAUCCUCCGUGGCGAAUGGGGCUGGGACGGCCUGGUGAUGAGUGAUUGGUUUGGGACGAAUAGCAUUGUGCCUUCGUUGACAGCAGGAUUGGAUCUAGAGAUGCCUGGACCCGUCAGGCGAAGAGGCGAACGUCUUCUCGAGGCCCACCGCAAAGGUCUAGUGGACACCUCUUUCAUUGAUGCCUCUGCCGCAAGAGUCUUGGAGCUACUACACAGGACGGGCAAAAGCCAGAUACCAGACUGGAAAGAAGAGCCGGAGCGGGCCGUCGAUCUCCCUGAGCAUCGGAAGAUCCUCCGUCGCGCAGGUGCAGAGGGCAUUGUUCUUCUAAAGAACGAAAAGUCGACUCUCCCCCUCACAGAUCUCGGCGGUAAGACCAUCGCGUUCAUCGGUCCCAACGCCGCCAGAUCGGUGGCUACAGGAGGUGGCAGCUCGAACCUCGCGCCUCACUACCGGACUACGCCUUUCGAAUCCUUUCGAAGGGAGCUUUCCGAGACAUUUCCAACAGCCAAGGUUGCGACUGAACCUGGAAACCUUACGCAUCGAUAUCUCCCUCUCGUGGAUUCCGCUGUCAUGCAAAACCCCGAAACUAAUAGCCCUGGGUUCGUUCUGUCUCUGUGGAGAAACAUGAGGCACGAAGGCAACCCUUUCAUGGUGGAGCACCGACCGAGCUCCAACCUGGUUUGCUACGAUGGGCUCCCUCCUGAGCUGACGACCGGAGAGCGCUACUCCUACCGUGCUAGGACAAUCCUCAAGCCCAAGACGAGCGGCGUCCAUCAGCUAUCCCUUUCCAGCUGUGGCCCUGGCAAGAUCAUCCUCGACGGCAAGGUCAUCAUCGAUAUCGAGCGGAGGUGGUGGUCGCCCAAGUCAUCUCUCUUCAUGAGCUACGGUUCGCCCGAGGAGCGAGUCGAUGUCACCCUCGAGGCUGGCCGAUCGUAUGAGCUCGUGCUUGAGUCGAUCAGCCGUGAGCCGAAACCGUACGAUUUGACCUACAUGGGCAUGUUGGAGCGCGAAGAGGUUCAGGAUGGCGGCCGUAUCGGUUUCCUAGAGAACCCUGCAGACCUGGAUGCCAUGCUACAAGACGCUAUCGAGCUUGCCAGAACCUGUGAUAUUGCUGUCGUUGUCGUAGGCAAGGACCAGGACUGGGAGACGGAGACGAGCGACAUGGUCUCCAUGGAUCUGCCUGGCCGGUCCAACGAGCUGGUCUUUGCCGUGGCCAAGGCGAACCCCAACAUCAUCGUGGUAAACCAAACGGGAAGCCCAAUCACGAUGCCCUGGAUCGAUGACAUCCCAGCUGUUGUCCAAGCUUGGUAUCAAGGUCAGGAGUUGGGAAACAGCUUGGCGGACGUUCUACUCGGGGCGGCCAACCCGUGCGGGAAGCUACCAAUUACAUUCCCGCGCCGUAUUGAGGAUACGCCAUCUUUUGACAACUAUCCCGGAGAGAACGACGUGGUUCAUUAUGGAGAGGGCAUCUACCUCGGAUACAAGUACUACGACCAUCGCAAGAUUGAACCGUUGUUCCCAUUCGGGGCUGGUCUCUCGUACACCACCUUCGAGUACUCCAACCUGAGAUUGAGCGCCGACGUACUCGAGGAGACGGGCAAAAUAGAAGUCGAAGUCGAUGUGACCAACACCGGCAAACGCGAAGGCAAAGAGAUUGUGCAGUUCUAUGUCAGUCCUGUAUCAAAGCCUCGGCUGGGCCGCCCGCUGAAGGAGCUUAAGGGCUGGGACAAGGUCCUCGUACGGUCUGGAGAAACGGUGACCGCUCGGACGACUCUUGACAAGGUGAGCAUAUCGUACUGGGAUGAUAGCGUUCAGAAGUGGGUGGUGGAGGCCAACGCGGAGUUCAGGGUGAGCGCGGCGAGGGAUUCUAGGGAGGAAGGGGUGGGUGCGGGAUUCCGGUCGGCGAGCGCUUUUCAGUGGGUUCACUGA